AUGGUGUGGGACACGGCCGGGCCGGGGCCGAACUCGACGUUCCCGAGCAACGAGACCUUUCCGCCGCCAAACACGACAUUUUUCUUCCCCAUUCCUCCAGAUGCCGGGAGGUCGCUUCAGCCAGAUAUCAUCGCUUGCUCCGUCAUCACGUUCCUGAUUGCGACGAUUUUUGUUGGCCUCCGGUUCUACACCAGGGGCUGGGUCAACCAUGUACUCGGGGCUUCGGAUUGGUGCAUCUUGCCGGCUCUCCUUUGCGCGGCUGGUGUCACAGCGAGUUCACUUGAGCAGAUGGCCCAUGGUGCAGGAAAGCACGUGUGGGAGAUCGACAUGUUCGGAGUGCCAGCUUUUGAACGGGCGGCCUGGUACGGCAUGUUGUUUUACAACCUCAGCCUCACCCUCAGCAGGAUAUCGAUCCUCCUCCUUUACAAGCGCAUCUUUACCUACAGCUGGAUCAAGAGAGCCAUCCAGAUCGUCUUGAUCCUCGUCAGCGCCAUUGGGAUCUGGUUCAUCGUAUCCGUCUGCACUGCCUGCAUGCCGCUAGAAGCCUUCUGGGAUUGGUCUCUGUUCUUCAAAGGGCCGGUAUACUGCCAACCAGCGAACCUGUGGUGGGCAAAUGCGGGUCUCCAUAUCAGCAGCGACAUAGUCGUCAUGGCACUACCGAUGCCCGUCCUCUCGUCCCUGAAUCUACCGCGAAGGCAAAAAUACGCCAUCGUCGGGGUCUUCGCUCUCGGUUUUUUCGUUUGCAUCAUCUCCAUUGUCCGCCUCAUCGCACUCAUCAAUAUCACCCAACAUCCCUCGUGGGAUGGGUUCUACGCCAGCGCCAACAUGAUCUACUGGACGACAGUCGAAGUCAACGCGGCCAUCGCCUGCGCCUGCAUCAUGACCCUCAAACCCCUCAUCCAGCGGGUCUUCCCCCGCCUCCUAUCUCCAAGCAAAGGCAUCCGCGAGCCGUCCCUGCAAUGGAUCACGCCGGUCAACAACGACAGCAUACACGAGACGAGCCACCACCGCAACUCCACCCCCGCGCCGGUCCACCCCAUCACACGACGCAUAAGCAACGCAUCCCCCCACCACUGCUGCGGCUGCAGCUGCGAAGGCCCGAGCCUCAGCAACACCAACACCAACAGCGGCAGCGCCCUGCCCAACCUCUACGAACCCUCGCCCGUCCGCCACCACCACAACCCCGACCACGAAGAGACCAUCGAAAAGUCCCACUACUACCACAGCUUCACAACCAUGAAACCCAGCCGACCCGAACACACCAUCACCAACCCAACAUCCUCCACCACCACCACAACCUCCCCGACAGAAUACAACCUCGACCACGACCUCGACCUCGAAGCCCAGCGCGCCUGCAGCCUCUCCUCCACCGCCCCCGACGACAGCAACAACAACGAAACCCACCCCUACGCCAGCACCAACAGCGGCAGCACCACAAGUGGCGGGCGGCCCAACGACGACGACGCCGACGACAGCCGGCCCCUGCGGGCGCCGCCGCGCGCCCAUCUGCGCUUGGAUAUACGCGUGGCGCGCGCCGUGGCGGGGGAGGCGUGGGAGCGGAGCUCGGAGUCGAGUCCGGGAUCCGGGUUGGGGUUGGGAGGGGGGGCCUCUGGGUCGGCGGUGGGGUUGGGGUCGGCGUCAGCGUCGGGAAGGAGGCGGAGUGGAGGGUGGGGGUCGCCGGUUGCGCGCAGCGGUGGUGGGUUUGGGGGGGAGAUGGUGGAGAGGGAGAUCACGGCUGUGGCGGUCUACCACCGACGCCUGCCGAUCCGGAACAUGCUGCUGCACUGGUUCCUCUGCUUCUGGGGAAACCUGGCUGGCGUCCUCUUCGUCAUGGCCGUCAUUCUUGGUUACGGUGGCGUCUUUGACCACAACCCCUACCGGGACCAAGCGAUCGCCAAUGCGAAGCAGAAGCAGGUUGACCUGCAUUUCCACCAGAUCUUUCUCCGCGCCAUUGGCUGCAACUGGCUUGCUAAGGACCUGACGUCCAAGGUCGUUGGCAUGUGGUGGCCGGUUUUCGCCUUCGUCGCCCUGGGGCUAGAACACGUCGUGGCGAACAUGUUCUUCAUUCCCAUCGGCUUGUUUCUGGGUACGCCGGAAUUAACCGUGGGGCUGUACAUCUGGAAAGGAAUUAUACCGACCGCUCUCGGCAACAUCCUCGGGGGCGCAGUCUUCUGUGGCGCGUUUUACUACUGGCUCUACAUCUUCGAUGAGCCGGAUAUCUGCGUCGACGGCAUUUACCAUCAGCGGUUAGAGGAAGGCACCCUGUUUGAAUCGCGGAGCCCGACGGUUGCCGUCGAAGCCGUCGGUGACAGGGACACCAGCUCCUCCGGGGACUUGGCAGGGAACAACGGCAACACCAAGCCCGAGUAG